CUGUACAGCGAAGCCACGGAUUUACCGUAUUAUGGACGUGAAAUUAAAGGAAGGCCGAUAGAGGUUGGAGCUGAUUACGAACCAACUCGGUGCGAUGAAGUUGAAGAUCUGUAUGAAUUGCUUGCUUUCAUUAAGCGGGAGCAUCCCACAAUUCAAGCUGUCUCCAGUGGUGCAAUUUUGAGUAGCUAUCAAAAAAAUCGUAUUGAAAAUGUUUGCCAAAGGCUGAAUUUGCAAUCCCUCACUUAUCUGUGGAACUUGGACCAGGCGUUCCUCUUCGAUCAGAUCAUUUCGUCGGGCAUUGAAGCAAUUGUGGUUAAAGUUGCAGCGCUUGGAUUAUCCAAAAAUCAUCUCGGAAAACCAUUAAAAGAGAUGAGAAGUAUCCUGCUCGACCUGAACAAUCGUUAUGGUGUUCACAUUUGCGGCGAAGGAGGCGAAUAUGAAACAUUUGUUUUGGAUUGCCCGCUUUUCAAAAAAAAGAUUGUCCUGGAUGAAGCAACAGUCGUGGAUCAUUCCGUGGACGAUUUUGCGCCGGUCGCUUACUUAUCGCUUUGUAAGCUACAUCUGGAGAAUAAAUGCUCCUAG